AUGUUACUUGGUCUCCGAGUUUAUGGAAAAGCUAUCAACAGUCCUACCGAAGUAACAAAUGAUGUUUGCAUGGAGAACUUAGGGGUGGAACCUACAGAAGCGGAUAAAAACAGAGGUUCUGUUAGGAUUACGUGGCUAGAGAAUUUGUACGAAGUUUUAAAAAAUAACCCUGCUCCAACCCAAAAACAUACUAUUUUACAAGCUAAAGUUUAUAUUUUACUUGUAAUUGCUACUAUUUUGUUUCUCGACAAGAGUCAAAAUCUUUUGCAUUCUUCUUGGAUUCCUUUCGUAGGGGAUCUAGAAAAAUACAACACCUUUAGUUGGGGUUCUGCAUGUCUUGCAAAACUGUACAGAAAAAUGUGCAAGACCGCAAUCAAAGAUGUCAAGAGCAUGAUCGGUUGUGUUAUUCUACUCACUUCUUGGACAUUCACGUGUAUACCAUUAUUUGAUCCUGUUAGUACAUUGCAACCAUCAUAUCCAUAUGCUCAAAGAUGGACCCAAAGACGCAUUAAUUACGAUGUUAAUCCUCGUUUCCAUCUACAAGGGUAUCGAAACGCAUUGGACCAUAUGCAAGAAAAAGACGUGAGUUUGAAACCAUAG